CACACACGCGUGACGGCUCAGCAGCUCGGCGAAUGUCCGCUCCCGACGUAACGGGAAAACUUGGAGCCCCCUCGGGCAGGAUAUUCGCCGACUUCUCCAUGCUUCCUCUGGCCGCAUGCGAGUGCCUGUCCCCGGGCUGAGAAAUGCUGAUGAAAUGAGGACGGAUAGAGGAGGAGGGCACUGGCGAAGGUGCGACCCUCGUUAGACGCACACCACUAUCAAGCAAGUUCCCCCGCCAUGGCCAACCACUCGGAGCUGAUCCAGGAGCUGCAGCAGCUGGACAAGGUGCCCAGUCUGGAGAGGCUGCGGGCGGCACAGAAGCGGCGCAGUCAGCAGCUGAAGAGAUGGGCCGUCUACGAGAAGGAGAUGCAGAGCAAGAAGCGCAAGGCGGACAAGAAGGGACGAAACGCCAACGGUCUCCAGCGUGACCAGUCCAAGAGGCGAGUGUCAUUUGCCGCCAGCGUGGCGCUUCUGGAAGCGACGACUCGGAAUGACCCAGAAGAAGUGCGCUAUUUGCUGAAGAACAACGUGAGCCCAGACCUCUGCAACGAAGACGGCCUCACCGCACUGCAUCAGUGCUGCAUAGACAACUACGAGGAGAUGGUGAAGAUCCUGCUCAACCGAGGCGCAAACGUUAACGCUCAGGACAAUGAGCUGUGGACGCCGCUGCACGCCGCCGCCACGUGUGGCCACGCGGGCCUCGUCAAGCUCCUCAUCGCACACGGAGCAGAUUUGCUGGCGGUCAACUCUGACGGCAACAUGCCCUACGAUAUUUGUGAAGACGACCCUACACUGGAUAUCAUCGAGACAGCCAUGGCCAACCGAGGCAUCACCCAGGAGAUGAUCAACGAGACACGAGCUUCAACAGAGAGGAGGAUGCUGGGAGAUAUCCAAGAGCUAGUAAGGUUGGGAGAGGAGGUCAAUCAGCAGGACUCUCAAGGAGCCACACUGCUGCACAUCGCAGCGGCAAACGGCUUCAUGCAGGCUGCCGAGCUGCUGCUGGAAGGAGGCGCCGGCAUGGACCUGAGGGACUCGGACGGGUGGCAGCCGCUCCACGCCGCAGUGUGCUGGGGUCAGAUGCACCUCGCUGAGCUGCUGGUGUCUCACGGAGCCAGUCUCAACGCCAAGACCUUCCUGGACGAGACGCCCAUCGACCUGUGUGAGGACGAGGAGUUUCGAAGCAUCCUACUUGACCUCAAGCACAAACAUGACAUCAUCAUGAAGUCGCAGCUCAAACACAAGACCUCCUUGAGCCGGAGGACGUCCAGUGCGGGCAGUCGUGGGAAAGUAGUGCGGCGAGCCAGCCUGUCGGACAGACACAACCUUUGUCGCAAGGAGUACGAGACCGAGGCCAUCGUGUGGAGGGGAGGGAGGGAGGAGGACAAGGAGAAGGAAGCUGAUCAGCAGGAGAACAUUCAGGUGAUGCCUGUAGAAGUUGUAGAAGUCCUCAAGCAGCCCCAGCUGCCCGCCAUCCUCAAAGAAGGCGGCACCAAACCAAACGGCGUCAUGGCCACGUGGUCGUGCACGGGGCCACAGCCCCCCACCACGCUCCAAGGCGAAAAGGGGCCCGGCGAGAGACCUCAGACUCUGUCCGAGCUGAAGAAACAGAGGGCGGCGGCCAAAAUUUUGAACCACCCGUUGUUGAACGGCCACCUUUACAACGGGUCCACGGACUCCUUCAGCGACGCCAAAGCCCACUCGGAUGACCCCCGCAUGCCUCUGGUGUCGUCCAACGGCAGCGCCGUUUUCUACACGCCGGCCAGCGGCGACCCGCCCCUCCUCAGACUGAAGCAGCCGCUGGAAGAGGAGCAGCCCAAGUCACGCACCUGCUGCUGUGUAUCAUAGCGCCCUCGUCAGGUGAAAGGAGGUGUUUGCACAGGAGAGAAGGUGAAUGCAUGAAUGUGUCGCUAAACUGUCACUCACUCACUAAGGCUGCGUUCACACCAUUUCUCUGCGUGUGGACAUGAUUUUCUCAACUACCCAUUGACCAGUAGGUUGUCUUCAGGGCCUUGCCAGGCUGAUGACCCAACUCUGGAGCCCAUAUUCAGUCUGAGUUUUCAACAUGAAUAGUACAUGUCAGGAAAGAGCUGGACAAGGCUUCAAGUCAGGGGUGACCAUUACGUCCAUGGCCAGCUAGCGGUCGAUGGUGGAGGGUGUGUCAGUCGGUGGAUGGUGGAGGGUGUGUCAGUCAGUCGAUGGUGGAGGGUGUGUCAGUCGAUGGCGGAGGGUGUGUCAUUCGAUGGAGGAGGGUGUGUCAAUCGAUGGUGGAGGGUGUGUCAGUCGAUGGCAGAGGGUGUGUCAGUCGAUGGCGGAGGGUGUGUCAGUCGAUGGUGAGCAAGCAGUCGAUGGUGGAGGGUGUGUCAGUCGAUGGUGAGCAAGCAGUCGAUGGUGGAGGGUGUGUCAGUCGAUGGUGAACGGUAUGUCAGUCGAUGGCGGAGGGUGUGUCAGUCGAUGGUGAGCUAGCAGUCGAUGGUGGAGGGUGUGUCAGUCGAUGGUGGAGGGUGUGUCAGUCGAUGGUGAGCUAGCAGUCGAUGGUGGAGGGUGUGUCAGUUGAUGGUGAGCUAGCAGUCGAUGGUGGAGGGUGUGUCAGUCGAUGGUGGAGGGUGUGUCAGUCGAUGGUGAGCUAGCAGUCAAUGGUGGAGGGUGUGUCAGUUGAUGGUGGAGGGUGUGUCAGUCGAUGGUGGAGGGUGUGUCGGUCGAUGGUGAAGGGUGUGUCGGUCGAUGGUGAAGGGUGUGUCAGUCGAUGACGGAGGGUGUGUCAGUCGAUUGCGAGGUAGCAGUCGAUGGUGGAUGGUGUGUCUGUCGAUGACGGAGGGUGUGUCAGUCGAUGGCGGGCUAGCAGUCGAUGGUGGAGGGUGUGUCAGUCGAUGGCGGAGGGUGUGUCAGUCGAUGGCGAGCUAGUAGUCGAUGGUGGAGGUGUGUCAGUCGAUGGUGGAGGGUGUGUCAGUCGAUGGUAGAGGGUGUGUCAGUCGAUGGUGCAUGGUGUGUCAGUCGAUGGCGGAGGGUGUGUCAGUCGAUGGCGGGCUAGCAGCCGAUGGUAGAGGGUGUGUCAGUCGAUGGCGGAGGGUGUGUCAGUCGAUGGCGAGCUAGCAGUCGAUGGUGGAGGUGUGUCAGUUGAUGGUGGAGGGUGUGUCAGUCGAUGGUGCAGGGUGUGUCAGUCGAUGGUGCAAGGUGUGUCAGUCAAUGGUAGAGGGUGUGUCAGUCGAUGGUGGAGGGUGUGUCAGUCAAUGGUGGAGGGUGUGUCAGUCGAUGGUGGAGGGUGUGUCAGUCGAUGGCGAGCUAGCAGUCGAUGGUGGAGGGUGUGUCAGUCGAUGGCGGAGGGUGUGUCAGUCGAUGGUGAGCUAGCAGUCGAUGGUGGAGGGUGUGUCAGUCGAUGGUGGAGGGUGUGUCAGUCGAUGGCGAGCUAGCAGUCGAUGGUGGAGGUGUGUCAGUCGAUGGUAGAGGGUGUGUCAGUCGAUGGUGCAGGGUGUGUCAGUCGAUGGUGGAGGGUGUGUCAGUCGAUGGUGCAGGGUGUGUCAGUCGAUGGUGGAGGGUGUGUCAGUCGAUGGUAGAGGGUGUGUCAGUCGAUGGUGGAGGGUGUGUCAGUCAAUGGUGGAGGGUGUGUCAGUCGAUGGUGGAGGGUGUGUCAGUCGAUGGCGAGCUAGCAGUCGAUGGUGGAGGGUGUGUCAGUCGAUGGCGGAGGGUGUGUCAGUCGAUGGUGAGCUAGCAGUCGAUGGUGGAGGGUGUGUCAGUCGACGGUGGAGGGUGUGUCAGUCGAUGGCGCGCUAGCAGUCAAUGGUGGAGGUGUGUCAGUCGAUGGUGGAGGGUGUGUCAGUCGAUGGUAGAGGGUGUGUCAGUCGAUGGUGCAGGGUGUGUCAGUCGAUGGUGGAGGGUGUGUCAGUCGAUGGUGGAGGGUGUGUCAGUCGAUGGUGGAGGGUGUGUCAGUCGAUGGCGGAGGGUGUGUCAGUCGAUGGUGGAGGGUGUGUCAGUCGAUGGCGGAGGGUGUGUCAGUCGAUGGUGGAGGGUGUGUCAGUCGAUGGCGAGCUAGCAGUCGAUGGUGGAGGUGUGUCAGUCGAUGGUGGAGGGUGUGUCAGUCGAUGGUAGAAGGUGUGUCAGUCGAUGGUGCAGGGUGUGUCAGUCGAUGGUGGAGGGUGUGUCAGUCGAUGGUGGGGUGUGUGUCAGUCGAUGGUGGAGGGUGUGUCAGUCGAUGGUGCAGGGUGUGUCAGUCGAUGGCGGAGGGUGUGUCAGUCGAUGGCGGGCUAGCAGCCCAUGGUGGAGGGUGUGUCAGUCGAUGGCGGAGGGUGUGUCAGUCGAUGGCGAGCUAGCAGUCGAUGGUGGAGGUGUGUCAGUCGAUGGUGCAGGGUGUGUCAGUCGAUGGUGCAGGGUGUGUCAGUCGAUGGUGGAGGGUGUGUCAGUCGAUGGUGGAGGGUGGGUCAGUCGAUGGUGGAGGGUGUGUCAGUCAAUGGUGGAGGGUGUGUCAGUCGAUGGUGGAGGGUGUGUCAGUCGAUGGCGAGCUAGCAGUCGAUGGUGGAGGGUGUGUCAGUCGAUGGCGGAGGGUGUGUCAGUCGAUGGUGGAGGGUGUGUCAGUCGAUGGUGGAGGGUGUGUCAGUCGAUGGUAGAGGGUGUGUCAGUCGAUGGUGGAGGGUGAGUCAGUCAAUGGUGGAGGGUGUGUCAGUCGAUGGUGGAGGGUGUGUCAGUCGAUGGCGAGCUAGCAGUCGAUGGUGGAGGGUGUGUCAGUCGAUGGCGGAGGGUGUGUCAGUCGAUGGUGAGCUAGCAGUCGAUGGUGGAGGGUGUGUCAGUCGAUGGUGGAGGGUGUGUCAGUCGAUGGCGCGCUAGCAGUCAAUGGUGGAGGUGUGUCAGUCGAUGGUGGAGGGUGUGUCAGUCGAUGGUAGAGGGUGUGUCAGUCGAUGGUGCAGGGUGUGUCAGUCGAUGGUGGAGGGUGUGUCAGUCGAUGGUGGAGGGUGUGUCAGUCGAUGGUGGAGGGUGUGUCAGUCGAUGGCGGAGGGUGUGUCAGUCGAUGGUGGAGGGUGUGUCAGUCGAUGGCGGAGGGUGUGUCAGUCGAUGGUGGAGGGUGUGUCAGUCGAUGGCGAGCUAGCAGUCGAUGGUGGAAGUGUGUCAGUCGAUGGUGGAGGGUGUGUCAGUCGAUGGUAGAAGGUGUGUCAGUCGAUGGUGCAGGGUGUGUCAGUCGAUGGUGGAGGGUGUGUCAGUCGAUGGUGGGGUGUGUGUCAGUCGAUGGUGGAGGGUGUGUCAGUCGAUGGUGCAGGGUGUGUCAGUCGAUGGCGGAGGGUGUGUCAGUCGAUGGCGGGCUAGCAGCCGAUGGUGGAGGGUGUGUCAGUCGAUGGCGGAGGGUGUGUCAGUCGAUGGCGAGCUAGCAGUCGAUGGUGGAGGUGUGUCAGUCGAUGGUGCAGGGUGUGUCAGUCGAUGGUGCAGGGUGUGUCAGUCGAUGGUGGAGGGUGUGUCAGUCGAUGGUGGAGGGUGUGUCAGUCGAUGGUGGAGGGUGUGUCAGUCGAUGGCGGAGGGUGUGUCAGUCGAUGGUGGAGGGUGUGUCAGUCGAUGGCGGAGGGUGUGUCAGUCGAUGGUGGAGGGUGUGUCAGUCGAUGGCGAGCUAGCAGUCGAUGGUGGAGGUGUGUCAGUCGAUGGUGGAGGGUGUGUCAGUCGAUGGUAGAAGGUGUGUCAGUCGAUGGUGCAGGGUGUGUCAGUCGAUGGUGGGGUGUGUGUCAGUCGAUGGUGGAGGGUGUGUCAGUCGAUGGUGCAGGGUGUGUCAGUCGAUGGCGGAGGGUGUGUCAGUCGAUGGCGGGCUAGCAGCCGAUGGUGGAGGGUGUGUCAGUCGAUGGCGGAGGGUGUGUCAGUCGAUGGCGAGCUAGCAGUCGAUGGUGGAGGUGUGUCAGUCGAUGGUGCAGGGUGUGUCAGUCGAUGGUGCAGGGUGUGUCAGUCGAUGGUGGAGGGUGUGUCAGUCGAUGGUGGAGGGUGUGUCAGUCGAUGGUGGAGGGUGUGUCAGUCAAUGGUGGAGGGUGUGUCAGUCGAUGGUGGAGGGUGUGUCAGUCGAUGGCGAGCUAGCAGUCGAUGGUGGAGGGUGUGUCAGUCGAUGGCGGAGGGUGUGUCAGUCGAUGGCGAGCUAGCAGUCGAUGGUGGAGGGUGUGUCAGUCGAUGGUGGAGGGUGUGUCAGUUGAUGGCGAGCUAGCAGUCGAUGGUGGAGGGUGUGUCAGUCGAUUGGUGGAGGGUGUGUCAGUCAAUGGCGAGCUAGCAGUCGAUGGCGAGCUAGCAGUCAAUGGUGGAGGGUGUGUCCGUCGACUGACACACCCUCCACCAUCGACUGUUAGAGGGUACCACAGCACUGAACCACAGGUGUGAACGCAGCCUUCAAAACUGGACCGAAUUCUCCAGAAGAAAUUUAGCUGAGCCGAUGGAUUAAAAUUCCUUUUUUUUCCAGAAAUAGACAAAAUUAAUUUUCCAGGUACUGAAUAGAAUUGUGUUGAAGGAUGUAUGUAUUGUCUAACAAGCAAUGAAGGUUCCCUUUACCCGCAAAGCCAAGAACAUUGUUAUCACCUUGCAGAAAUGUACUCAUUUUUAUACUGUUUGUCCGCCCUCAACUGACAUAUUUUUUAUUUAUGCAUCAUCCGCUCUCAGAUCCUUUAAGACGACCCUUUGACCGUAUUUAUUUAUGACGUGAUUAAACUGCAUAUUGCUUCCUAGAAUAUUUAUUGUCGUUGUCACGGAUGAAAGAUCACAUGUUGACAGGAAGGGCUCGGUGGCACACCAUUCCGGUGUGAGCAGCUAAUGAGCGACACUUGGUGAGCACAUUGGCUAGAACAUUCUACGGUAUGUGACCUCAUCUCCUCGCCAUUGCCAAAGAGUCUUCCGUCAAAAAAAAAAUACUGUACAUUAAGUUUGAAUUCUUCUUGAUCUUGUUUUUAACCCAUAAUGUAACCCAUAAUUCAACCUCCUAAAAUCCCUUGAACCCUUUUGUACGGUGUCGAUUAUUUGUAAGGACGAAUUUGUAAAUACGUUUGAUCUGUUCCCAUUAACUACGUCUGUUACUUGUGUGGUAAUGAAAAUAAAUGGAACCAGACUUGAGUAACUUAGGAGUGGGUCUGGCUUAGUUUUUGCCUCGUUCUGGGUUCUAGUCCUGGAUACAUUAACCAAGCCCCUAACGCUUCAGUCACACGCAGGAUUCUCACCAGAAUGAGGGAAAAACUUAACCCAUCUGUACCCGUCAUGUUGCUUUCAUGUGUUCAUUAUUCAUGUUUAAUGUUGUUUGUUUUAAUGAAAGUAGCAGAGGCUUGUUUGGUCAUGUUUAAUGUCCACUUUGUCAAUAAAGUCACAUUUCAACUUGCCACAAAAGGAUCAUCUCCUGGAAUAAAUUGUAUAUUUUGACAAGUGUUUAUAGUCUCUUUUGUUUGGGAGUGGCUGUCUGGAGAAGGCGUAACAAAAUGAUGGUGUGUUCAGACCAAAAGCAGUGAAGUUAUCACGUUGUGUAAAUGGUAAAUAAAAAGAGAAUACAAUGAUUUGCAAAUCCUGUUCAACUUAUAUUCAAUUGAAUAGACUGCAAAGACAAGAUAUUUAUUGUUCACACUGAGAAAUUUCUUUUUUUUUGGCAAAUAAUCAUGAACUUAGAAUUUAAUGGCAGCAACACAUUGCAAAAAAAGUUGUCACAGGGGCAUUUUUACCACUGUGUUACAUGGCCUUUCCUUUUAACAACACUCAGUAAAUGUUUGGGA